AUUCUCGAUGGUCCUGCAGGAGCGCUCUCCGCACAUUGCCUCUCUUUACUUCCUUGACAGGGCCCUUCUGGCCUGGUGCUGAUGUAAGGGCAAGGGCUGAGAAUUUCAUGGUCCUGGGGCUCAGCUCAGGAAAGCCCCUCUUCCUUCCCCACGCAGCCAGUCUGCUGCUCUCCAAUCCGAGUGCCCCAGUCAGUCGCCAAUCAGAGAGCGAGGCUCAGACUGGCCCUGGAGUCACUCUGCACCUCCCUUCCCACCUCCCCUGGGGGCCAAAGGGUUCUGGAGGCAGGGCCUGGGCUUGUCCACCGGGAGUUCUCAGACCCCAGCUCAGGGCCCUUGCCUGUACCAGCAGGGGCUCCAGCUGCAUGAUGAAUGCGGAUGUGGGGCUGCGGGCGGGCCCCACUGGGAGCUGGAGCACCAGAGACUGGAGUGGACUCAGAGUCCUGAAGCUACAGCUGGCCUCAGCCCCUUGAGCAUGGCUGAUCUGGAUGGGGUUCCUGAGGGCCCUACCCCAGGAUGUUGUCUUAGUGAGGAGGUCACCCCGCCUGUUCUUCCUGCCUCUCUUAACAGCCUCUCUUCCUUCCCCACUCCUCGGCCGACCGCCCCCCCCACUCCCAGGGGAGUACGCUGAGGGCGUCAGUGAGCGUGACAUCCUGCUCAUCCACUCCUGCCGCCAGUGGACCACUGUCACUGCCCACACCCUGGAGGAAGGCCACUACGUCAUCGGGCCCAAGAUUGACAUCCCCCUGCAGUACCCAGGCAAGUUCAAGCUCCUGGAGCAGGCCCGGGAUGUGCGGGAGCCAGUCCGGUACUUCAGCAGCGUGGAGGAGGUGGCCAGCGUCUUCCCAGACCGCAUCUUUGUGAUGGAAGCCAUUACCUUCAGCGUCAAGGUGAAGGAGGAGUGCCGCCUGCUCAACGCACCCCCUGUCCCUCCCCGGGGGGGUAGUGGCAGCAGCUGGCUCUCAGGAAGCCCCCCUGUGCCCCCGCGCUUUCCCAAGCUGCAGCCUGUCCAUUCACCCAGCUCCAGCCUCUCCUUCUACUCUUCUGGCCUUCAGGAUGGGGCAGGCUCCCGCAGCGGCAGUGGCUCCCCGUCCCCGGAUGCAUACUCCCUCUACUGCUACCCUUGCACUUGGGGUGAUUGCAAGGUGGGCGAAUCUUCCAGCCGCCCAGUUCCAGGACUCCUGCCCUCGACCACACAGCCCAGCCAGGCCUCUCGGGCCCACGAGCCCCUGAGCAGUGGCACUGCCGCCUCUGUCUUGGGGGCUGAUAUACCUGUCAAGACCUACAAUGGCUGCCCGCCCCUGUUCAAAUCCUCCCACCCCCAGAAACGCUUUGCCCCCUUUGGAGCUCUCAACCCCUUUUCCGGGCCCGCCUACCCGGCAGCCCUGUCCACGGCCUCCUCUUCUGGGCCUACAGCCACCUCCAGCCCUGCGUAUUCUCCAGGUCCAGCCUCACCCCGCAGGGCCUACCAAGGUGCCCCUGGCUCCUCUGCCCCCACUUCCUCCCCCUCCUCUUCUGAGUGGCAGGACCCAGCUGCGGAGCCCUUUGACCCCUUCGAGCUAGGCCAGGGCGGCUCCCCAGAGCCUGAGCUGCUGCGCUACCAGGAACCCAGAGCUGUGGGGGGACCUGGGCCUGGACCUCGUCUUUCACCCCUCAGUCCCCCUAAGACCUUUGAGCCUGAAGGUCUGAUGCUGCGACAAGUCCCGACCCCUCUGUCAACUGCUGUCCUUCAGGGACCUGAGGCAGGCGGGGCACGGCUCUUUCUCCCCCAGGGGCGCCUGGAAGGGCCCCCUGCCAGUCCCCGGGACGGUGGUGCCCCGGGAUGGGGGGGCCGGGACGCCUCCUCCUGGCAGCCCCCAGCGGACCUGUCUGCGCUCUCUCUGGAGGAGGUCUCCCGCAGCCUGCGCUUCAUUGGGCUCUCUGAGGACGUGGUGAGCUUCUUUGUCCGAGAGCGCAUUGACGGUAGCAUCUUUGUGCAGCUCAGUGAGGACAUCCUGACGGAUGAUUUCCACCUCACCAAGCUGCAGGUCAAGAAGAUCAUGCAGUUCAUCAAAGGCUGGCGGCCCAAGAUCUGAACUGCCCGGCUGGCCACUGUACCCAUGGAAUGUUGGCUCGGAGGCCCUGAGGAGCAAACCCCAGAGUGGCCGAUGGCCUGCCUUCAGGGAGAAGCCACGGCAAGACUGAGGCAGCCUGGCAGGGUGGAGAAGGGGAGAUGCACUUGGGAAUGUGAGCCUCGGCAUGGGGGUGUCUAGUUUUCUGAGUGUGCAGGGCAGGAGAGGAGGGGGCCUUCUGAGUGU